ACCCAGCUGUAUCCUCUUAGUGAGGAGGAGUCAAUGCAAACUGGGAAGUCUUCCUCCUCUACAUAUCUGUCAGUACAGAGGAUGACAGAGAACCGUGGACACACAGUUUAACAUGAUGGACCACAGGACAGCACUGCUGCUUCUAACCGUCUGCUGGGCAGGUGCAGAUGGUCAGACUCUGACAGAAUCUGAGCCCGUGGUUAAAAGGCCUGGAGAAUCCCACAGACUGACCUGUACAGCCUCCGGAUUCACUUUCAGCAGCUCCCAUAUGAACUGGAUCAGACAGGCUCCUGGAAAAGGACUGGAGUGGAUCGCUUUUGUACACACAGGCAGUUCCUAUUUAUAUUACUCCCAGUCAGUCAAGGGUAGAUUCACCAUCUCCAGAGAUGACUCCAGCAGCAAAGUGUAUCUGCAGAUGAACAGUUUGAAGACAGAGGACACAGCAGUGUAUUACUGUGCCAGAGACACAGUCUUAUGGGGUGGAUCCGACUACUUUGACUACUGGGGGAAAGGGACACAAGUGACCGUGACUUCUGCCACCCCAAAGGGACCAACUGUGUUUCCUCUGAUGCCAUGUGGUUCUGGAACUGGAAACAUGGUCACUCUUGGCUGCCUUGCCACUGACUUCAGACCCUCCUCACUGACUUUCAAAUGGAACAAAAAUGGGGCAGGCUUGACGGACUUCAUUCAGUACCCUCCAGUACAGAAAAACAACUUCUACACGGGAGUCAGUCAAAUCCAAGUCAGUAGAGAGGACUGGGACGCAAUGGAGGCCUUCCAGUGUGCUGUGACCCAUGCUGAAGGAAAUCAAGAAGUUACCAUAACAAAGCCAAAUCAACAGGUUGUCCCUCCACACAUCAGACUGCAACCUGUCUGGGAAGGUGAAUUUGGGGCCUCCCCAGUCAAACUCAUCUGCACCCUCAGUGGCUUCAUUCCCGAACAAUUGAAAGUGGAGUGGCAACAGGACAACCAACCAAUUAAUAUUGCCCCAAUUCAAACAAAGCUGCAAAAUACUGAGGAAAUGGGGAAAACCUUCAGUCUAAGCAGUGAGAUUGAGCCAGAGAAGACGGAGUGGGAAAGCGGCUCAAUGUUCAAAUGCAAGGCCCUUCAAAAAGAAACAGAGUUUGCAAAAACAUUAAGUAUUUGUGAAAUCUAUGCAAGUGCCCCUCCUUCCAUUGAUGUGGAGUUUCCCAGCUUCCAGACUGUAAUGAUGGCAGCAUCUGAAGUGAGAGCAACAUGUUCUGUCCACACUCUUUUCGAUGCCAAAGUGACCUGGCUGAUGAAUGGAAGCAUUGCACCAAGUAGCACAGUGAAAGAGGCUAGGAACGCAACUCAUAUCAUCAUUGAUUUGACGGUUUCCUCAAGUCAGUGGAAACUACUCAAGUUUAUAACAUGUAAAGCUGACCAUAAGUGUUUCUCAUCCAGAGAGAGGACCAUUGAGGUCGGAGGGCCUGCACUUACAGCUCCAUCAGUGGAGAUUAAGAGAUCUCUCCCAGAUUUGCUGAAGGGACGAAGUGCUGUGCUCGAGUGCGACAUCACACAACUCUCCUCGAGUGACCUCUACGUGACCCUUCAGGCCAAUGAUGUUGACAUCUCUGACAGAGAGUAUGUUGAUCUUCCUGAAGCCCCAGGCCUCCAUUCAAUCAUGAGAAGCUUCUCCGUCGCUCAAAGUCACUGGAAUAAAGACACAAAUUUCACCUGCAAAGUCAAUCAAGGCUUCUCCCCCAGCUUCAACUCAGAGCCAAUUGGCAAUAUUUUUGUGGACCCUUCUGUGGAACUGCUUUUGGUCCCCGGUGAAGAGGCAGGACCACAGAGACUCAUAUGCUUUGGAUGGGGCUUCAACCCUCAAAUUAAAUGGUUUUCACAGUCUCAGGAAAUAUCUUCAAACAAUGAUGUCACCAUGGGAGCAGACGGACACGUGGCAGUAACCAGUCAACUUCAUAUCAUCAAGACAGAGUGGAAAACAGGGAAAGUCUUCACUUGUGAAGUGGGUGACACGUCUCUGACUAAAUUUGUUCGCAAAGAUGUCAGCCUCUGCUCAGUAAUUCCAGCAUCAUCUCAGAAAGUUGGCGUGUAUGUUCAGGGACCGCCACUCCAGGAGUUUCAGAACAAGGGACAAGUGACUAUCACCUGUCUUCUUGUCGGCUCUCAUCUUAAUGACUUUUCCAUUGACUGGACAGUAGACGGGGCCAAAUAUUCUGAGAAUUUCCAUAUAGAGUCACCAGUGAGUCAUAGUAAUGGGACAGAGACUUUGUGGAGCUUCCUCAACGUGUCGGCAGAGGACUGGCAUGGAUAUAAACAAGUGUCUUGUGAAGGAAAGCACCCCUGCUCCAGCCAAGGCUACAAGGACCAUAUCAGCAAAAGCAGAGACCCGCAUCAACCAACAGUGAAGAUAAUACAACCAACUGCCUCUGAGCUCUCUACGUCAGAUGUCCUCACACUCAUUUGCUUCGUUUCUGGAUAUUACCCAUCCGAUAUCAUAGUGUACUGGGAAGAGAAUGGGCGGAGACUCGCAUUAACUCGCUACACCAACAGUGCUCCAUGGACAUUCACAGGCAGCAGCACUUUUUCAGUGAGCAGCAGACUAAACAUUUCCAAAACUGAAGACAAGAGCUCCACAUAUUCCUGUGUGGUCAGACAUGAGUCAUCCAAAAUGCCUUUUGAAAGUGCCAUAAAGAAUGUGUUUGCCACAGUGAUCCAUAGUAAACCUUCGGCCACCUUGCUCCAGGGCACAAAUGAACUGGUGUGCCUGGUAUUCGGCUUCAGCCCCGCAUCCAUUAACAUCAAUUGGUUCCUUGAUGAAUCCAUGGAACUGUUGGACUUCAACACUAGUGAACCCCACAAAAGCAAGAGUGGAAAGUUCAGUGUCCAAAGCCACCUGCGUCUGCCCAAAGGCAGCUGGUUACUUGGAGCCAUCAUCACCUGCAGGGUGACACAUGCAAACACCACUCUAUCUCUGAAUAUAUCUAAACCAGACACUUUGGACUCCUGUACUUUCUUCGAUGACAUCUUGUACAACGAUGUGAACAUAGAUGUAGGUGUGGAAAGCUGGUAUAUGGCUUUAACUUUCCUCCUUUGUUUCCUCAUAUCUGUCAUCUAUGGUGUCUCGGCCACCGUAAUAAAGACUAAAUGAUGAUGAUCACAGGACAGAUCACCUUUUCUUAUCCAAAAGUGGACAAACAGGAGUAGGGGUUGGCCUAAUUGUGGCUUGCCCAGUUUUUAAUUUAUUUCUUUUUAAAUUUCAUUUUUUUCCUCUUCUCUUUAUUUCUAUUAAUGUGGACUAUAUUCAUUUAUUUCUGAUUUCUUCUUUAAAUUAUGACUUUGAGAUUUUAACACCAAUAUAAUGAAUAAAGACUGGAUUUGUUCCCGUAUAUAAAAAGAAAGAAAUUAUUCAAACAUGGGAAAAAAUACUUUUUGAUUGAAAUAAAACAAAUGACUACUCAU